CAGAGGUUGCACAUAAGAGAGAAGCGGAAUUCCUGUCCUGAGUGCGGGAAAUGUUAUCCAUGGAAAUCGCAGCUUCGCGCACAUCAAAAAAUUCACGUGGAGGGGAAGCCGUUUCCCUGCCCUGAAUGCGGGAAAUGCUUUUCACAUAAGUCCUAUCUUGCUGUACAUCAGAGGUACCACACAGGGGGGAGUCUGUAUUCCUGCCCUGUGUGUGGGAAAUGUUAUCCAAGGAAAUCAGAUAUGGUCAGACAUCGAGAACUCCACACGGGGGAGAAGCCGUAUUCCUGCCCAGAGUGCGGGAAAUGUUUUUCACAGAAGCACAAUCUUGUCAAACAUCUGAGGUGUCACACGGGAGAGAAGCCGUAUUCCUGCCCAGAGUGCGGGAAAUGUUUUCCAUGGAAGCCCUAUCUUGUCAAACAUCUGAGGUGUCACACGGGAGAGAAGCCGUAUUCCUGCCCAGAGUGCGGGAAAUGUUUUUCACGGAAGCCCUAUCUUGUCAAUCAUCUGAGGUGUCACACGGGAGAGAAGCUGUAUUCCUGCCCAGAGUGCGGGAGAUGUUUUUCACGGAAGCCCUUUCUUGUCAAACAUCUGAGGUGUCACACGGGAGAGAGGCCCUAUUCCUGUCCUGAGUGUGGGAAAUGUUAUCCAACGAAAUCAGUCCUGGUCAGACAUCGAAAACUUCACACAGGGGAAAAGCCGUAUUCCUGCCUAGACUGCGGGAAACGUUUUACACAGAAGCCCCAUCUUGCCAGACAUCAGAGAUGUCACACGGGUGAGAAGCCGUAUUCUUGUCCCGAUUGCGGGAAAUGUUUUACAGAUAAGUGCAGUGUCUCCAAGCAUCAGCGAUCCCACACAACCAGUGCCGAUCCUGACCUCCCUGGGGGCCCUAAGCAAGAUGACAUGUCACAUUAAAUUUGAGAAACGGAG